AUGGAAAAACAAAUAGACAACGAUCUUAUAUACAAUUCUUAUGAAGAAUAUAUUAGAAAAAGGAUUACACCAACAGACUUGUUUUACAUUGAAGAUGAAGAGCUUGUGUUUGAAAUAUUCUCAUUAGGACUGAAAAGCAGAGGAGUGCUAAGUUUAGAAGAUUUUAACAGCACUUAUAAAAAAAAAAAAAGAAAUGAAAAAAAGCCAGUCAAAGAAGAAAAUAAAGAAAACAUACUAUACGAUAUUAAUUUAUUGUACAGUAAUACAAAAGAUUUCUUUUUUACAAUGAAUUAUCAUUUACACUUUUGCAAAGAAAAUAAAAUAAGCACAAUUCUGUUUAUUCGUUAUGUGAAUAAACAGAAAUAUGAAAUAAGUUCUUAUAUAGAUAUUAACAUGGAAAAAGUUCGAGAUAAAAUAAAUCGAAAAAAGUAUAUUUAUGCAAGCAAAAAAGAUUUAUCUUACUAUAACUGGCAUAAUAAUUAUACAUGUACAAACAGUAGUGAAAACUAUGAAAUAGUAAUAAAUAAAAAAAUCGGUCUUAUAUUUAAACAUAUUCAUACGAAUAAAUAUUUUAUAUUGAGUUCAAAUAAAGAGCUAAAAAUAAAAUUAAGCGAUAAUAUAUAUAAAGAUCAUAGCUCAAAAACUAAUAUUGUUGAUGGAAAAGAAGAAAUGAUAAAAUUAUGCCACGAUAUUAAAAGGAUGGAAGUAAAUGAUUCCAAUUAUUUGCAAUGUGUACUUUAUACACUACACUUGUAA